AGCCUUCACGAGGAAGUAUUGGUGCCGUAUUUAAAGUUGCAAGGGAGCUACAGUUUUUAGAUCACUGUUGUGUUACCAACGUUGUUUUUUUUUUAGUUCCAAACUAAAGCUCUGUGCUGCACCUGAAGAUGAAGGCUCCUCUGCUGCUGGUUUUAACUGUUUGGUUAAAUGUUCAGUUCGGCGGUUGCGCGCUCUCCUCUUCAUGUUCCCAUCCUCCAUCCGAGUGGUGCUCGUCUCUCGACUCAGCUGUCCAGUGUGGGGUUUUGAAGCAGUGCCUUGAGUCCAACUUCACCAGGUCCCGUCAGACAGCAGAUAAAGUGGAGGUGGGGCUGUACUAUGAGAGUCUGUGUCCCGGCUGCAGAAUGUUUCUCACUCAGAUUCUCUUACCCACCUGGAUCUUGCUGAAUGAUAUCAUGACUGUAACACUGGUGCCCUACGGCAAUGCAGAGGAGAAACCUGACGGACAGAAGUACAUUUACGAGUGCCAGCAUGGAGAACCAGAAUGUCUGGGCAACAUGAUUGAGACUUGUAUAAUGAACAUGACCGACACUGCUUACCUGAUCAUCUACUGUAUGGAAUCCUCUGCCGAUGUCAUCAAAGCAGGCGAAAGUUGUGUGAACCUCUACAGCCCUCAGUUGAGCUGGGACAGCGUCAUGAAGUGUGUGAAAGGGGAUGUGGGAAACCAGCUGAUGCAUCAGAAUGCCUUGAUGACCAAAGCCCUGAAGCCUCCCCACCAAUAUGUGCCCUGGGUGACCAUUAAUGGGGUGCACACAGAAGACCUGCAGAAUAAGGCCAUGAAUUCUCUGUUCACUCUGGUCUGCGGCAUGUACAAGGGCACCAAGCCUGUGGCCUGCGGGGGGGGCCAGAGACACUACAGUAGCUACUGCCACAAUGAGUGAAGGAGCAGCACUGCACAUGCUUGCUCUGAUCCAGGUGUGGCCACUAAAUAAGGAACACUGAGAAAUGUCAUCAAAUAUUCUUUUUUAAUCUGUGAUGUUACUAUCUGUUUCUAUAAAGGGAAAAUAAAAAUCACCUCACUUUUUAAUUCACA